AUGACGACUUCUGUGGGUGUUCUCUUUUUCCUAGUACACCUGUACCAGCUGGACAUCACGGUGAAACAGGGGCGUAACAAGGUGCGGGAGAUGUUCAUGAAGAACGCCCACGUUACAGAUCCACGGGUGAUAGACAUGCUGGUUAUUAAGGGAAAAAUGGAACUUCAAGAAACCAUCCAGGUAUGGAAGCAGAGGACUCACGUCAUGAGGUAUUUCCAUGAGACGGAAACCCCACGACCUAAAGACUUUCUGUCCAAAUUCUAUGCGGGUCAUGAUCCUUGA